AUGGAUAUGGAUGCUCUGUUAUUGCCCGAGAAGAAGCUCGCCGACUCUUUGCUGGCCGACUACUGGCACUAUUCUCACGUAACUUUCCCCGUCUUGCAUCGGCCGACGUUUAUGAAAAAGUACCACAGCUUAUGGAAAUCGACGGAAUCAUUUGCGCUAUCAAAAUACACAGGCAACGACAUGCUCUUGCUCGCGACGAUCAACAUUGCCCUGGCUAUUGGCUGCCAGCGGUCCGAACACUGCCCGGCCAACUCGAGGAAGCGAGAUGCCGAAUCGCUGUACAGGAGGUCGGUCCGUUUAAUAUCGGCCGAAACCCUUGACUCAUACUCGUUUGAGGUAAUGCAGCUCCUUCUCCUGAGAAUCAUCUACCUACAGUAUACCUCCUUUGCCUCGCGGUGCUGGAGCACGCUUGGUAUCGCUCAACGAGUUGCGUAUGGGCUUGGGCUUCAUAAAGACGUUCCCGAGUCCAUGGGCCAGUUGGAGCGGGAAAUGAGACGUAGGGUAUGGCAUGUUUUAGUCAUUAUGGAUAGGUAA